AGCGCCAUUGACCUAAAAAAAAAAAAAAUCCCCAAACCCACACACACACACAAAAAAAUGGCGCUUCUUUUACACUUUCCAUCUCUUAUACAUUUUCUAUAUUCAAUCCAAUCUCUCUCUCUCUCUCUUACCCACUGAGAACCCCCAUGGCGGAGAAUCAGAACUCCACGAGGAUGACUAGGGCGGCGGCGAAGCGAAAGGCCUCCACGGCGGACGAAAACCCAGUUAGCAAGAAGAGAGUCGUUCUCGGAGAGCUUCCGAAUAACUCCAAUGUCGCUGCUCCGCUCAUACCCCUCCAAGAAAGAGAGACCCAGAAGCCUAAAUCAACUCUCGUCGCCGCCAAGAAGCAGACGAAGAACCCUCCGAUACCUCCUGCAGCAGCAGUUCUUCCACAGACCGUAGAUUUCGAAUCCGGAUCUAGCGAUCCUCAGAUGUGUGGUCCUUAUGUCGCUGACAUCUGUGCGUAUCUCCGCGAAAUGGAGGGGAAGCUGAAGCAAAGACCUUUACAUGAUUACAUUGAAAAGGUCCAGAGUGAUUUGACGCCUAGCAUGAGAGGGGUUUUGAUGGACUGGUUAGUGGAGGUCGCCGAGGAAUAUAAUCUCGUUUCCGACACGCUCUAUCUCACUGUCUCUUAUGUUGAUCGAUUCUUGUCCGAAAAGCCUAUUAACAGGCAGAGGCUUCAGCUUGUGGGUGUUUCUGCAAUGCUUAUUGCGUCUAGGAAAUACGAAGAGAUAAGUCCUCCUAAAGUGGAAGAUUUUGUUUACAUUACUGAUAAUACGUUUACAAGACAAGAUGUGGUGUCCAUGGAGGCUGAUAUACUUCUUGCUCUACAGUUUGAAUUAGGAUGUCCAACCAUCAAAACAUUCUUAAGACGGUUCACAAGGGUUGCUCAAGAGGAUUUCAAUGAGUCACUGUUGCAGAUAGAGUGCCUCUGUUGCUAUCUCUCAGAGUUGAGUCUGUUGGAUUACAGCUGUGUGAAGUUUUUGCCUUCUAUGUUGGCUGCUUCUGCUGUCUUUCUUGCUCGAUUCAUCAUCCGUCCAAAACAACAUCCUUGGAACCAAAUGCUAGAAGAGUACACAAAGUACAAGGCGUCUGAUCUGCAACAACCUGUGGGAAUCAUACAUGACUUGUAUCUAAGCAGACGAGGGAACAGUUUAGAAGCUGUUAGGAACAAAUACAAGCAGCAUAAGUUCAAGUGCGUUGCUACCAUGCCUGUUUCACCUGAGCUUCCCCAAGCUUUCUUUGAAGAUGUUACAAUCAGAUAAAAGGCUUGGUUAAAGGAGCUUUAAUUGUUUGUAUAUGUCAUUAGAGUUGCAGCUUAGUAUUGAAGAUUUUUUUCAACAAUAGAAAUUUUCAUUUUGCUUGGCCAUUCAUUUCAAUGGCUAUGAGCUUUGAUUGAUCUGUCUUCUACUCUUUUUUUUUUGUGAUUUUAUCAAUGUAAAAGCCUCUUUAGAUCA